AAUACGUCAAGUCCGACAAAGAGCCAUCUUUGAUGGUUGUCGCUUGAGUGUUUUGCUGAGGAUCCAUCUCGACAUAUCCUGUCGGGCCUCUGUAAAAGACACUAGAACCAAAACCCAGCCGAACAGUAAACUCUGCUAAAGAUGAGUGUUUCUUUUACCUUUAAAAUUUUAUUUUAACACCUUACCGUUGCCAAGUUGCCAUCAACUUCAACCUAUCAAUCAACCAUUUUACAAUAGACUUACAGCGCCCUAAGCCCUAAACUAGAUCUAUAUCAGAUUUUUGAAAGAUAAUCUCAAGCUAAACGAGAAGAUACCGAUUGUUUGAGCGGUUAUUGUAUAUGCACAAAGCUGUUAUUCCCAGUUAAUCAGCACAGAUUAGCACGGGAUCAAACCGUUACCUUCACGUCCCAAAGUCAAACGGACAAGAUUAAUUACUUUGACCUACCUUAUUCAAGUCUCCGCUAUCCAACAUAUGAACAUUUAUAAUUACUUAUUUAAACCCAAAUUUCCCAGGAAGUCUAGCUAAGUUUAGGUGUGACUAUACACGACUUACAACUAACACCCUACUUGAAAAAUGCAGUCGUCUAUGAAAUAUGGGAAGUCAAAUCGCAAAAGGACUGAGUCACCUAAAAAAACAAGAAUUUCCAUAUGUGAUCCAGAAAUCGUCGCUCCCCGCCCACCAAGUGACCCCUGCCCCGAUGACACGAAACAUGGGUGCAUGAAUAAAAGUAUAUUUAACUCCUGCUCAGAACCGAGAAGACCGCUUGUCGGCGAUAACGUUCAAAAAGAGGACUUCUAUACCCAAGUGAUGGCAUCAGACAUUACCCGCCCAGACGGCACGCAGACAGGUUCCUCGCUCCGACUGAGAAAUCCCGAACUACCAACACGAUGUGGCGACCGGUCGAGGCACAAAGCCGGCAGAAAAAACUGGGAUGUCUACGCUGGCUGUGAAUGCCCAAAGAAGUCCCAUUUCGAGGGGGAGGAAGACUUUGGUCUACAGGUUGACGCGCGAGACCUUGGGACCAGCGAGUCGGUGCAGACGGGCUCGUCCCUAGCAGACAAUGUCCCGGGUAGACAUGACACGCUCAGGUGUGGCAAGUGGCCCAAAGACGGUGAUGUGUGCGACUGUCCCAAACAGUUUGUACCCAGCGUUCCGUGUCGUGAGAACAUGGAUGGCUGCAUAGGAUUCAAACAACAGGUGAUAGCCUCAGAUAUACAGGUAACCAAUGGUGUACAGACAGGCUGUUCACUAACCAUGCUGAUUCGGUGCCCAGAAUACUGCAAAGAAGGUCAAGUGAUUCUCUUUGGCUGCGCCAACCGACCUCCAGGCUGCAGACCCAGCAGAGUGUACAUCAGCAGUGAGCAGUUCCAGCAGUGUGAAUGUCCAGGUCAAGCACAGCCCAAGGGUCCCAGCAAACAUCACAGCACACAGGUCAAGGCCACGGAUAUAUCACCAAGCCAGGGUGUCCAAACAGACAAGUGCCUGUACCUCCCCUGCAUCAGCGCACAAAUAUUCAAGAGCAGGGAUUGGGAGGAGUGUAAGGUGUGUCAGCGCACAUCCAAUGGCUCCAUGCCACAGCAGGAUGUUUCCCUACAAGUUUACACACUGGAAAUCAGUACCUGCGAUGACACACAAACCUACGAACAUGAUGUUGAUAAAUGUAUGCCACGAAAACGACAAGUCUGUAAGAAAAAUGGUCAGAAGAUUGAACUCACAGGAAAAGCCAAGAAAUUUAGUGCUGAUAACUGUUCUAAACCACACCCACAGUCCAACGGCCCAUUAGUGGAUAAUGAAACCCAAGUCAAAGCAAAUGACAUCAAAUCUACUUCAGGCCAAUAAAUACUAGCUCACAAUACC